CGCUGGCCGCUGGCCGCCGCCGUGCGCCCGGCUCCUUCGGCGGACCGUCCGCGCCGUCGCCAUGUCGUCAGUGACCCCCAUCCAGAUCCCCCGCCGCCUCCCGCUGCUGCUCACCCACGAGGGCGUCCUGCUGCCCGGGUCCACCAUCCGCACCAGCGUGGACACGGCCCGUAACCUGCAUCUGGUGCGGAGCCGCCUGCUCAAGGGCACCUCGUUGCAGAGCACCAUCCUAGGCGUCAUCCCCAACACUCCCGAUCCCGCUAGCGACACGCAGGACCUGCCGCCGCUGCACAGGAUUGGGACAGCUGCACUGGCGAUUCAAGUUGUGGGCAGCAACUGGCCCAAGCCACAUUACACUUUGCUGAUUACAGGGCUGUGCCGUUUCCAGAUUCUCGAGGUCUUAAAGGAGAAGCCAUACCCCAUUGCUGAGGUGGAACAGUUGGACCGGCUUGAGGAGUUUCCCAACACUUCAAACAGUAGAGAGGAGCUGGGAGAGUUGUCAGAACAGUUUUAUAAAUAUGCAGUGCAAUUGGUGGAAAUGUUGGAUAUGUCUGUUCCUGCUGUUGCAAAAUUGAGACGCCUUUUAGACAAUCUUCCAAGGGAAGCUUUGCCAGACAUCCUGACAUCGAUUAUCCGAACAAGCAACAAAGAGAAGCUCCAGAUUCUGGAUGCUGUAAGCCUGGAGGAGCGGUUCAAGAUGACCAUCCCGCUGCUUGUCAGACAGAUUGAAGGCCUGAAAUUGCUUCAGAAAACCAGAAAGCCCAAGCAAGAUGAUGACAAGCGGGUUAUAGCGAUACGCCCCAUUAAGAGGAUUGCACACAUUCCAGGUACUUUAGAAGAUGAAGACGAGGAGGAAGACAAUGAUGACAUCGUUAUGCUAGAGAAGAAGAUACGAACCUCCAGCAUGCCAGAGCAGGCCCACAAAGUCUGCGUCAAAGAAAUAAAAAGGCUCAAAAAAAUGCCUCAGUCAAUGCCAGAAUAUGCCCUGACUAGAAAUUAUUUGGAACUUAUGGUAGAGCUUCCUUGGAACAAAAGUACAACUGACCGCCUAGACAUUCGAGCAGCCCGGAUUCUUCUGGAUAAUGAUCAUUACGCCAUGGAAAAACUGAAGAAAAGAGUGCUGGAGUACUUGGCUGUUAGGCAGCUGAAAAAUAACCUGAAGGGUCCAAUUCUUUGCUUCGUUGGCCCUCCUGGAGUUGGUAAAACAAGUGUGGGAAGAUCGGUGGCCAAGACUCUGGGUCGGGAGUUCCACAGGAUUGCACUCGGCGGAGUGUGUGACCAGUCUGAUAUUCGAGGACACAGGCGCACCUAUGUCGGCAGCAUGCCCGGUCGCAUCAUCAAUGGCCUGAAGACGGUUGGGGUUAACAAUCCCGUGUUCCUGUUAGAUGAGGUUGACAAGCUGGGUAAAAGUCUACAGGGUGAUCCUGCAGCAGCUCUGCUUGAGGUACUGGAUCCUGAACAAAACCAUAACUUCACAGAUCAUUAUCUAAACGUGGCCUUUGAUCUUUCUCAAGUUCUUUUUAUAGCCACUGCCAACACCACUGCUACUAUUCCACCUGCUUUGUUGGACAGGAUGGAGAUCAUUCAGGUUCCAGGGUACACCCAGGAGGAGAAGAUCGAGAUUGCCCAUAGGCACUUGAUCCCAAAGCAGCUGGCACAACAUGGACUGACCCCACAGCAAAUCCAGAUCCCUCAGGUCACCACUCUUGACAUCAUCACCAGGUAUACCAGAGAGGCAGGAGUCCGUUCUCUGGACAGAAAGUUUGGUGCUAUUUGCCGAGCUGUCGCUGUGAAGGUAGCAGAAGGACAACAUAAGGAAUCCAAGUUGGAGCGCUCUGAUGUGACUGAAGGAGAAGGUGGCAAGGAACAUGUGUUAGAAGAUGCAAAACAUGAAUCUUUUAGUGACACUGCUGACUUGGCCCUGCCUCCUGAAAUGCCAAUUUUGAUUGAUUUCAAUGCUCUGAAGGACAUCCUCGGACCCCCGAUGUAUGAAAUGGAGGUGUCUGAACGCUUGAGUCAACCAGGAGUAGCAAUAGGCCUGGCUUGGACCCCCUUAGGCGGAGAAAUCAUGUUUGUGGAGGCGAGUCGAAUGGAGGGUGAGGGUCAGUUGACGCUAACCGGCCAGCUGGGGGCUGUCAUGAAGGAGUCUGCCCAUCUUGCCAUCAGCUGGCUGCGCAGCAACGCAAAGAAAUACCACCUCACCAACGCUUCUGGAAGUUUUGAUCUUUUUGACAACACAGACAUCCAUCUGCACUUCCCAGCUGGAGCUGUCACAAAGGACGGACCAUCUGCUGGAGUUACCAUAGUAACCUGCCUUGCCUCACUUUUUAGUGGGCGACUGGUACGUUCAGAUGUCGCCAUGACUGGAGAAAUUACCCUGAGAGGCCUUGUCCUUCCGGUGGGUGGAAUCAAAGAUAAGGUGCUGGCAGCACACAGAGCGGGACUGAAGAUAAUUAUCCUUCCUCAGAGGAACGAGAAGGACCUAGAAGAAAUCCCAAGCAAUGUACGGCAGGACUUGAGCUUUGUCACAGCAAGCUGCCUAGAUGAUGUCCUCAACGCGGCCUUUGAUGGUGGCUUUUCUGUCAAGGCCAGACCCGGGCUCGUCAAUAGCAAACUGUAGGCUCAGUCUCAGCAUUCUAGAAUUUUAAGAUAUGAAGUAACAAAAGGUACUGGCAAGGUUGAUUCUGUUCACAUCACCAGGGGCAAGCAUCCUGUCCCUCUUCUAUGACCAUAAUCACAACAGCAAUGAACCUUAAGUAGUAGCUAUUGCUUACUAGAGAAAUACAAGGUGUUAAUUUAAUAAAAGUUGAUUAUAA